AUGUCAGAUCGAAGAAUAUUUGUCGUCACGGGGACUUCAAGGGGAUUAGGAUUGGAGUUUGUGAAGCAGCUGGCAAGUGAACCUGAAACGACUGUCAUUUGCGUUGUCCGGACGCUGCGGAACACAGACCAGCUUGCACACUUUUCCAAUGACAAGGACAAUGUUUUCAUCGUAGAGGCAGAUAUAUCGAAGCAGACGGCGGUCAAGCAAGUUGUGGAUGAGAUCGACCAGAUGACAGAUGGGAAAGUGGAUGUUCUGAUAAACAAUGCCGCAGUCAACACUGACCCUGCUCGUCCGCUUCACCAAUGUUCAAAAGCGUUCAACGACCACCUUUUCACCAAUGUUACUGGCUCCAUCAUCAUGACCAAUGCCAUGCUUCCCAUGUUACGGAAGGGCAAGGAGAAGCGAAUAAUCAACAUUUCCAGCGGCAUGGGCUCAUUGGCUUACAACGAGCCUGGCUCAGAGCCCACCAGCAGCUUCUCUGCAUUCUCCGUUUCCAAAGCAGGUUUGAAUAUGGCUACCCGGAAAUACGCUAGUGAAUGGGGGAAGGAGGGCUUUGUUGCAGUUUCAUUAUCACCGGGUUGGGUGCAGACAAGACAAGGUGGAAGUGCAGCCCCGCUCACACCCACCGAUUCCGUCUCUGCCAUGUUGAAAGUCGUGAAUGGGCUGACGCCUGAGCAGAACGGAGCUUUUAUUAACUACGACGGAACAGAAAUCGACUUCUAA